CAUGGGAUAGUUCCGGAGAAGCUGGAUGUUGUCACACAGGAGAGGUCCAGACACUGGUGGGAAGAGGGCCUGGAACAGCUCCUGGAAGGAUGAGAAAAAGCGCUUUUCUCGGGAUCUGUGACAGAGCGUGGCGGUGGCUGCCAGCCCUGUGCUCCUGCAUCGCCGUGAAGCUCCAGGAGGGAGGGCGGAGGGCUGUAAUCGAAGUACAAGAUGGCAAAAACCAGCCAUAGCAACUAUGUCCUUCAGCAGCUAAACAAGCAAAGAGAGUGGGGCUUUCUGUGCGACUGCUGCAUCGCUAUCGAUGAUAUUUAUUUUCAAGCACAUAAAGCAGUCCUUGCUGCCUGCAGCGCCUAUUUUAGGAUGUUUUUUAUGAACCAUCAAAACACUACAGCCCAGCUGAAUCUAAGCAACAUGAAGAUUAGCGCUGAAUGCUUUGAUCUUAUUUUACAGUUCAUGUAUUUAGGAAAAAUUAUGACAGCCCCUGCCAAUUUCGAGCAAUUUAAAGUGGCCAUGAACUAUUUACAGCUAUAUAAUGUGCCUGAGUGUCUAGAAGAUAUACAGGACACAGACUCAUCUAGUUUAAAAUGUUCAUCUCCUGCUUCUAGCACGCAGACUAAUAAAAUGAUAUUUGGUGUGAGAAUGUAUGAAGACGCACUUGCUAGAAAUGGCAGCGAAGCAAACAGGUGGGGCAUGGAACCACCAAGUUCAACGGUAAAUACAUCCCAUAACAAAGAGCCUGAGGAAGAAACUUUGCACCUCAACAGCUUCCCCGAGCAACUGUUUGAUGCCUGCAAAAAAAGCACCACGUCCAAAUUCUCUCACACGAAAGAGCGCGUGUCGCACUCGCGCCGGUUUGGAAGGAGCUUCACCUGCGACAGCUGCGGGUUUAGCUUUAGCUGUGAAAAGCUACUGGAUGAGCACGUGUUAACAUGCACCAACAGGCAUUCCUACCAAAGUGCCAGGUACUACAGUGCUGAGAAAAUAGACUUUAGUGAAAAGAACUCUACUUCUAAAAUGAUCUCCACACAAACAGAAAAAUACAAGGGGGACUCGAACCAUGCUGCGGACGAUUCAUCGUCUCCCGUGUCAAAUAUCACGAGCAGAAAAAGCAGCACUGUUGCCUCUGAAACAUCAGGUGAAGAAGGAAGUAGAGCCUCUGAGAGGAAGAGGAUUAUCAUCAAGGUGGAGCCAGAGGACAAUCCUACGGAUGAGCUGAAGGAUUUUAAUAUUAUCAAGGUGGCAGAUAAAGACUGCAAUGAGUCUUCUGACAAUGACGACCUAGACGAUGAACAGGAAGAGCCGCUUUACAGAUACUACGUCGAGGAGGAGAUGAGAGAGAAGAGAAAUGCUCGCAAGACUCUAAAGCCUCGCUUAUCCAUGGAUGAGGAUGAAAGAAAGUGUUUGAAAAGUCCACGGCACCUUAACAGCAAGGCUUCUUCAGUGCAGGAAGAUGUGGAGAAUGCUCCCUGUGAACUUUGUGGGCUAACAAUCACUGAGGAAGAUCUGUCCUCUCAUUAUUUAUCCAAACACAUAGAAAAUAUAUGUGCUUGUGGCAAGUGUGGUCAAAUACUGGUCAAAGGCAAGCAGCUACAGGAGCAUGCACAGACCUGUGGAGAACCCCAGGAUCUGACCAUGAACGGGAUCAGAAAUUCUGAGGAGAAAAUGGACUUGGAAGAAAACCCCGAGGAGCAGUCAGAAAUAAGGGACAUGAUGUUUGCAGAGAUGCUAGAGGACUUCAGGGACGGUCACUUCCAAAUGAACAGCCUUCAAAAAAACCAGUUAUACAAGCAUUCUGCCUGUCCUUUCCGAUGCCCUAAUUGCGGCCAGCGUUUUGAUACAGAAAACCUAGUGGUUGAACAUAUGUCAAACUGCCUGGAGCAAGACCUGUUCAAGAACUCCAUGUUGGAAGAGAAUGAGAGGGAUCACAGGCGUAAGCAUUUCUGCAACCUUUGCGGGAAAGGAUUUUAUCAGCGUUGCCACUUGCGGGAACACUAUACCGUUCAUACCAAGGAAAAACAGUUUGUUUGUCAGACAUGUGGGAAGCAGUUCUUAAGAGAGCGCCAGUUGCGGCUCCACAAUGAUAUGCACAAAGGCAUGGCCAGGUAACCAUCCCACUACAUUGCGGGUGGUCACCAGAGGGACUUCUGCUUCUGACUCCCCAGAAAAUGAAAGGGAAAAAUAACAUAUUAUCCUUCUCUCCAUGGCAAAAGCCCCAAAGACCAUGAAAGUUUGUGGAAAUGCAGAUAAGCUGGCUAAAAAUAGAGUUUGCUGAAUACCAUAAAUUGCUUUUGGUUUUGGCAGCAGAUACACCAGACUUCUGGUGUUGGUUACGCUCCUCUUACACAAGUCGUUGUUAGGGCUUUUAUUUAGGAUGCUAAAGAUGGUGCCCUGCUUUCUUCUCUGCCUGUGGGUUUCCUACUGGUACCUACUGGUAGAGUCCCAGCUUCCAAAUUACUGAGGGUUCUGGUUUCUAGCCAUUGGUUAUUGAGUUACUUAGAAUAAAUCAGAAACACUUUUAAGAGACAAAAUCCAAAGUAUUCCUCCUUUGGGAAAGGGAUAGAUACAGUAAUAUUUUAGGAGGAAGAAAUACAGGGUAGGAUCUCUUGGAACUGAUGAAGAAAUUGUCUUGGUAUGCCCCACAGCCCAGGAGAGAGCUCAGAUGUCUGAGCUACAUUGUUAUCAGGUGAAUUAAAUAGAAGUUGUGUACACUUACAUAUGCUGUAAAAUAUGACACUUAAUAUUCUGCGUGCUUGGAAGUCUGAGGGUUAGCCCCACCUAGUCUGCUUUCAGAUGGAUUGUGUUUCACUUAGAUUUUACUGACCAUUGCUGACACAGUUCUGCCAGAAAAGACAAGACAGAGGUCCUGAUGUACAGUAACUUAAAAACUGGAAAAUAACUCAGUCAAGACGCAAGAGAUUUCACAGUAAUUGUCACAGUUCUUUCAGCUUUAGUUUGUUGUGCAAAGAGUUAAAUAGUUCAAAGGCAGUUUCCUUUGGAGAAUGUUUAUUUGAUCAAGUUCAGUGUGGCUUAGACCCCAAAUAGAAAUACCAACUUCAAACAGAGCUCUGCUAUGAGAGAAGGAAUGAAUAGUCUGUGGCCUCCCAGACCUCACAAGCUAUGUUGGUUUGUUACACAGAGUCAAAACAAAGAUGUCCCUUAGAACACAUAUACAUUAACUCAGUGUAUUUCACACACCACAUCUUUUAUCUCCCAUCUGCUUCUCUCCCUGGUCCUUUGGGCUGUGACAAGGCCACUGAGAUUCUGAAUGAGCUGCAGUCUCCUCAGUGAAAAGCAUAUAUGGUGUGAUGGGACCAUCCAAGCUACUUAGAUUGUUAGAGAGCGUUAGGGGAGCUACUGCUCCUGUUUACUAAGACUGAAGUACUACAUCCUUUGGAUUUUGGAACAGUGCUUAUCUUUGCUUCUUGGUUCCCUUUACAUUGCAGGAAGCAGGGUGAGGAAGAACCCAGUGGGUGCUUCUCUUAGAUGGAGCCUGGAAGAUCUUGUUGGCUGAGGCAUGUUGUUGUUUUGUUUCUUCAGGUCCUUAGCUGGCUGAAUCUUCAGACUUCUAAUAAAUGCACUAAGCCUUGAAAAAGCAUUAUUAAUGCAUGAUGAGAUACACCAAGUUCAGCCACUGAACAUAAGAGUGAAACCCAUGCAGAUGCUGUUAGCGCAGGAACCUGGUAUCGAGCCAAAUCUGGAGAGCCAUCUUUGAUCUGUCUCCAGGUCCUCCUUUUAUUUGUAAACAUCCAGCUAAUCACAGACUUCCUCUGACUCUGAUGAAGUGGAAGGAGCCGCAUCCCCUGUGAGCGCUGGGAAGGGCUGGGAUUCUGCAGCGGCUCAGGAUGCGGGACGGGGGCUCCAGCGCCAUCUCGUGGCUCGCUGGGAGCCGCCUGUCCGUGUUCCCAGGGCUGGAAUGCUCCGCUCUGCUGGGAGAGGGGGAGCAGAUCCUCCCUCGGCUGUGAUCCCCAGUCAGUUCUGUGCUUAGGGCAGCUGCGCGGUUUCAGUCUGCGAGGAGGGCACAAGGUUUUAUCUCUCAUCUCCCUUCCUGUGGGCUGCAGGCUCCCGGCAGUGCCGGCGGCUCUGUGUGGGCUACACCCCACCCCACCACAGCUGGCACUGAUUAGCAGUGUUUCUGCUGUCUCAUCGGAAAAAUGUGAUUUAAUAUGCACAGGCAGCCCACCUUCCUGCACUCAGAGGUGGCCCCACACAGCACAGCCCGUGUAUUUCAGAGAGGUGGUGGAAUGAAGCUCAGCUGUGUGUGUGAGUUGUCCCUGAUUUGGAAAUGACAGAGAUUUUGGACUGCAAAGUGCAGGGUGACAUGGUAAUCAACAGCAAUGGCAAACACUGAUGUCCAGGGGAAAAACAGUGCUCACAUGCAUACUUUAGUUAGAAUAUACUUUUUCCCUCCUUUGUUAGUUUACCAAAAAAAAAAAAAAAAGAAGUACUUCCUGACUUCUGAGCUAGUCAUGUAAGAGUUACUUUGCAAUAACAGCACUGGUCCAGUGAAUUCCCCUCCAAGAUUUUAAGAAUGUGGUAGGCAGACAUAUGGCCUUGCUGCCAGAGCCAGCAGUACUUUGAAGGUAGCAGUUUGCCCAAGACGUAUUUCCCCUGUUCACAUUGCCCUCAUGGCACAAAACAAAAGCCUUUUGUCCCAGCUGCCUUAUUGCCCACCUUAAGCAUGUGACAUGGCACAGAGGGCAGAUGAAAUCCCAGACAAGCCUGGGCCUGGCACAUGCAGUGAGUGAGGGCCUGGCCAUGGUGCACACCGAGGUGUGGAGCAUCGCUCGAGGCUUUCCUCUCCCAGGUGUGCCAGGAAAUUCAGCCCUGAGCUGGCCUCGAGGAUGCCUUGGCAGUAGUGAAAUAGGGACUUCUAAGCUUCUGAACAACUGAGAGAACCAGAUUUGGAGAAGACAUGAGGAAGAACUGGUCGGCAAAAGAUUUCAUAAAAACUCAGAACCUCGUGUGCCAGAUCUGAAUUGGCACCACCUUUGCUUUUUUGACAUAACUGCAGCAGUCGCAAAAGGCACCAAACAGUCAAAUUAGAACAUGCAGUAAAAGCUGUUUUGGACUCUUCUAUGUAUCAUAAAUCUUACUUCUUUGUGACUAUUACUUACAGCUGUAAGAAACAAAUUCAAAGUCUUUCAUGGAGCAGACAGCCAAAAGAGGCAGAUGCCAGGUGUUAAGGGCUGCACUGAAAUGAAUUUGCAAAAUUUCUAUCCACAUGCUGGAGUGCUCCUUUUAUGAAAUGUGGCUUCUUAGAGUUGCUGUCAAAAACUGUGUAGAUUUUUUAGUUCAAACAUUACAAGUGUAUACUCAUGCACAAUGCUAAACUAUCAAGUGUUUAAAAAGAAAAAAAAAUAGUAAGAGGUGAAAAAAAAAAUCUUAAAAACUGAGGACAGAGGGUCCCAGAGAAAGGACAGGAUGGUGAGAGAGAUCCAGCUGACUUGAUUUCCCCUGCUGCCAUCAUCAUCAUUUGCAAGCUGAAGAGGACCUUCCCUGGAGCACAGUGCUUGUAUGUGGAGAGUAAAGAAAUGGUGCUCUGGUCUUUUAAAAAGAAUGGUGAAAACUUUUUACCAACAAGGAGAUGAGUAAAUGUAAAAUAAUCUUCACAGGGCACAGGGUGCACCUUGUUCUGGAGCUAAGCCUUGCAAAAGCUGGCUCGAAGAAGAGAAUCAGAUGCUCAUGUUCAGAUUUGAACAUUUUAGGAAUAGUAAUGUUUCCAGCUAAAUUAAUGGGGGGAGGGAAAAACCUUAACUAAAAAAGCAAUAAGGCAGUAAGUGUUCCAAAUUAGGGCAAGCAUGAAUUAUAAAAAUACCAGUUUCUUUUGCUUCCCUCAGACAACAGUGGAUCAAAUUAAGACAUGUAAGCAGACUAAACAUGCUGAUUAUAUUCUGCUGUAGUUACAUAUUUUACUAAUUCUACUCAUGAUUAUAAAAGGAUGUUUCAUUGUUCACUAUAACUGUUAUCUCAAGAAGAGUCUGUCUAUAAUUUUAUUUAUAAUUGGCAUCAUUUUCAUUACUGUUGUUACCAAGUGUGUACAAUAUUGUCUGUAUUGCAGCUUGUAUAGGGCAUGUGUCUGUGCUUGCUUUACUCUUUUUGAGUUUAUAAAGUUACUAUACAAAUGCAAGAAAAGAUGUUCAGAUAUCUUUGAAUGUGGUUCCUUCAUCUAAUUACGUAGCCCCCAAUGUUUCAGCAUAUAGAUGUUGAAGGUAUCAGCUCUAUUAACACAUAACACCUCAAACAUUAAUGCAGGUAUUUGAAAAGCCUCCAGUGCAGCACUGGGAUGCUGACACUUCAGUCCCAGUGGCUGUAUGGAGUAAAGGGGAGGAUGGUGAAUAUCUGGGCAAAGCUGGAUACCACUGAGGACUCUGCAGGGAGAAGGCACAAGAUACCUAAGAGCAAAUGGGAUGUGCUUUCUAUAGAAAACAUGAAGGACCUUAAGAGCAGGACCACCACAAAGCAGAGGAGAGAAGGGAAUACAUUUAUAGCAUCGCCUUCAACAGUAUACAAAGUGUAGGACAUCUAGAACAGGCUGUGACUGUUCUGUAACUUAGCAAUUACUUCCAGUCUAUGUAGAGAAUCAGUAAAGACAUUCCAGGUUAGUUAUCAUCAUCUUUAAAGCUUAUUCUGUGCUUUGCAACAGUAUCUUUAAUAAAAUACUCUUACAAAUCUGCUUAUUAUUCUGAUUUAAUUCCAUCUUAUACCUGAGUUGAUAACAGUCCUGGCAACAGGGUGAAGGUACCACCUGCUUCAUCGGCUCCUGCGUUUUUCCCAUUCACCUGCUAAUGACAAGAGGGAAAACAGAGAUGAAUAAUUACCAAAUAAUCACAGAAAUGAGAAAACAAGAGGAAUUCAUAUCAUGCUACCAUUCAAUUAUUAGAAAAAUUGUUCACACUAAGCAUAUCAGUAAAUCUGAGAGAUUAAUCACAUACUGAUCUCUGAGUAAGAAGUAUUGGUCUUUGCCUGUGUUUAACUACACCACUUAUCUUGUUUAAGACUUAGCAUAAUUUUCCAGCUUUACAGUUACUUUCAAUAACUGCAGUAUAUUGUUUAACCCCAUCACAGCAGUUCUAGAUAAAAUUCUCUGUUUUCAUUUAUUUAACCCCUGGACCAUAUAGAGUAUCCUUUUAAUAUCUUCAAACAAGACCAAGCAGAGUUCAGGGACAUUAACAGAUAAGAUUGGAAUUCAGAAUAAUCCUGGCAAGGUGCAGAUGGGAUCUGAAAAGAUGUUAUUUAAUAGGAACAAGUGCAAGCUGGAACCAUACAAGUAAAGGAAUAGCUGCUUAAUUUCAAAGAAUCCUAGAAUGGUUUGGGUUGGAAGGGACCUUAAGGACAUCUUGUUCCAGUGUCCUGCCAUGGGCAGGGACACCUUUCAUCAGACCAGGUUGUUCAGAGCCCCAUCCAACCUGUUCUUGAGCACUCCCAGGGAUGGGGCAGCCACAGCUGCUCUGGACAACCUGUGCCAGUGCCUCAGUCAUCCUCACAGUAAAGGAUUUCUUCUUUAUAUCUAAACUAAAUUUACUCUUUCAAUUUCAAUAAAAAAAAAUCAGUGCAUUAUUUUAGAUCAUACACUGAAAAUUAAUCUGCAACAUCAUGAUGUUGCAAAUAAAGGUAAAAACUGAAAUGUAGAAACUGGAGUGUCAUCUUCUUCUUCAGAACCACCAAGGCAAGAGCUAGUAACAUCUCCAGUUUUGAGCAUAGCGCUUGAAAGCUAAAAUACAAGGUGCAUGCACAGAAUCCAGGAGAAAGCAGUGAAUGGCUGGAAACCAAGAAGACUUUGCUUCUGAGUACAGGCUGAGUAAUUUUAAGUCAUUUUACAGAAGAGAUGGUGGAGGGAAAACACAAUGAUUUUCAUAUAAAAAUCUGGUUGCAAAGAAAAAUGGCACAACUGUUUCUCAUAUCCAAAGUCAACAUGAAUAAAAAUAAUUGCCUUAAAUUACAAGAAAGGAAAUCUUGGUUAAACACAAAAUGAGACUAAAUGACCUGUUGAGGUAAUUUCUGAUCUGAUUCUAUGAUUGCUGGAAAAUGUUUUGCUUUAAAGUCACUUGCUAAGGACUCAGUAGAGCUGGUAGUGGCUGCAAGAAAAGGAGGCUGCAGUUAAAGGAAUAAAGAACUCAGUGCCUAAAAUGCACAGCACACCAGUUUAUCUAUUUAGCACUAGUGGUACUAACUUCAGCUUUUAAUCAUACCUUAGCAAACUGGCAGAAGUCUAUGUAAAUAAAUGUGCUUAAAACCCACUUAAUUACAAAAUAAUUAUUCCUUGAAGCAUCAAGCAUUAGUUUAAUCAGUGUUGACAACUUCCAUGAUUUUAUUGAGUCUAAUCAAUCUGAGGCUGCCUGAUUUCAGUUAUAAGAUGGUGUAAUGAGCUAUUUUGUUUAUUUAAAAAAAUUAGACCUGCAAAUUACAUGGAAAAUCCUAAAAGUGUGAUCUGAACAUAUGGUAAAAAUGAAAAAGCCAGAAGGUAAAUAAAGCCACUUGGUUUAUAAUUUUAGGAAUCUGACUCACGAGUUUUGCACUCCUGGUUUGGCAGUAUGAAAUUACAGUGCCCUGUAUUCUGCUGUUCUGACUAUUCCAUAGUACUGAUCAUGCAUUUGUGUAAUUUCCCAAAAAACACGUUAUACAAAUUUGCAGAACUUUAUUUGUUAGUCACAAAAACAAAGGAGCACUUAUAUAAGUAAGAGGAUGUCUUGUGGCUGCCCUUUAAAUGAACAAGGAGCAGCUGUGCACAAAACCUGGAGGUAUAUAAAUACAAAGUAAGUUACAUAGAUCCCCCACAUACACUAUGAUUUUUAAAACAACACCUUGUUAGAAGAAUCUUGUCAUUUUAUAUGCUGGUAGUUCUUGUCUGAAUUCCAAGUACCAGACUUACAUGCACAAAAAAACACAAGAUGAAGAAUUUUAGUGGUGAAAAGGUAUUGUGACAAAGUAUUACUAAAUCUUUGAAUAGCAGUUGCUUAGACUUUUCUGAACAUCUGAUUGCUGUAUUAUGAAAUAAUCCAUUCUCACUGAUACAAUCUGAUCUAUGCAAUUUUGGGGAUAGUUUUACAAGGGAAAUGAAUAUUAGGGAAAUGGAUACCAGAAUUUAAGAUCUAAGAUCUUCUGACUGCCAAACCUGAAAAAGUCAUUCAUUGCAUUUCAACUUUAUCUUAAUGAUCCAAGUGGCUGAUGUCUGAUUGAACUGUAACUUGGGUUCAGUCCUAUUUUUAUACUCCAUUGCCUUAUGAAACAUGUGGGGGGAAAAAAAAUCUUCCUUUUAUCAUGAUAAAGAUAAGGGUUGAGUUCUCA